AGGAAUUACAGAGAGUGGGGCAGUAUAAAUUUGAACUGAAACCAUGGAUAAAAGCAGUGAAGGCUCAAUUCUCAAGAAAUACAGAACAUGGGGCCCCGAGUGCUGUCUACACUGACUGCUUUCCAUGUGAUCCUUUACGGCUUACAGCUCCUCCCACUACCCCAAAGCAAACAUCAAAUACAACAUUCUUCUUCUCUCUUCCCCCUCUUUUUCCCCUCCUUUCUCUCUCUGCUGUUUCACAGAGGGAUCCAAUGCUCUCCACCCUCCACUCAGCUUCCCUCUUCUCCUCUCUCAUCCUUCUCUCCAUCUUCAAUUAUGCAUUUGCAGAAGACCCGUUUGUGUUCUAUGACUGGAAGGUCUCUUACAUCACAGCUUCACCAUUUGGGGUUAAGCAGCAGGUGAUUGCAGUUAACGGGCAGUUUCCAGGACCAAUUCUCAAUGUCACUACCAACUGGAAUGUGGUUAUCAACAUCAAGAACGACCUUGAUGAGCCAUUGCUUCUCACAUGGAAUGGCAUACAACAUAGGAAAAACUCUUGGCAAGAUGGUGUCUUGGGAACAAAUUGUCCGAUUCCCGCUGGUUGGAAUUGGACAUAUGAAUUUCAGGUUAAGGAUCAAAUAGGGAGUUUCUUUUAUUUUGCUUCCUUAAACUUCCAGAGAGCUUCAGGUGGAUAUGGUGGAAUUGUCAUCAACAACAGAGAUGUUAUUCCAGUUCCCUUCGGGACACCAGAUGGGGAUAUUACAAUCUUUAUUGGUGACUGGUAUACAAAGAGCCAUAAGGAACUUCGGAAAGAUGUAGAAAAUGGAAUUGACCUCGGUGUUCCUGAUGCCAUUCUGUUUAACGGACUAGGGCCUUAUCGUUACGAUCAGGCACUUGUUCCUGAUGGUAUUGGCUAUCAUACGAUAAAUGUUGAACCAGGGAAAACAUACCGCCUCCGGGUGCAUAAUGUUGGUAUUGCAACUAGCUUGAAUUUCAGAAUCCAAAACCAUAAUUUACUUCUUGUAGAGACUGAAGGAUCAUACACGGUUCAGCAGAAUUACACGAACAUGGAUAUUCAUGUUGGUCAAUCAUACUCAUUCUUGGUAACAAUGGAUCAAAAUGCUAGCAGUGAUUACUACAUGGUUGCCAGUCCUCGGUUUGUCAAUUCAUCUGCUUGGGCUAAAGCUACUGGAGUUGCUAUCUUGCAUUACUCCAAUUCUCAGGGACCUGCUUCAGGUCCUCUUCCUGAUCCUCCUAAUGAUCUUGACACGUUUUUCUCAAUGAAUCAAGCAAGAUCUAUAAGAUGGAAUGUCUCUGCUGGUGCUGCUCGUCCAAAUCCACAGGGAUCUUUCAGAUAUGGCCAGAUCACUGUCACUGAUGUGUAUGUCCUCCUUAACAGACCUGCAGAACUUAUAGACGGAAAGUAUCGCACCACCCUUAAUGGUAUUUCUUAUUUAGCACCUUCAACACCCCUAAAGCUUGCGCAGCAGUUUAACAUUCCAGGGAUUUACAAGAUUGAUUUCCCAAAUAGACUGAUGAACCGACCUCCAAAGGUCGACACAUCCAUAAUCAAUGGUACUUACCGAGGUUUUAUGGAAAUCAUAUUCCAGAACAAUGAUACCACUGUUCAGAGCUACCAUUUGGAUGGUUAUGCAUUCUUUGUUGUGGGUAUGGAUUACGGAGUGUGGACAGAGAAUAGCAGAGGCACUUACAACAAAUGGGAUGGAGUUGCCCGAUGCACAACACAGGUGUUUCCUGGAGCUUGGACUGCCAUUUUAGUCUCUCUUGACAACGUCGGCAUUUGGAACCUCCGCACUGAGAAUCUUAAUACUUGGUAUCUGGGUCAAGAAGUUUAUGUGAAUGUUGUGAAUCCAGAGAUCACCGACAAAACUGAGCUUCCUUUGCCUGAUAACGCCAUCUAUUGCGGUGUACUCUCAUCAUUACAGAAGGACCGGUCUCAAAGAGUCAGGUUUUCCGGUGCACCACCCCUUACCAUCACAAGAAGAACAAUUUUGUUUGCUUUCAUCACAGCUUUGAUCACAGCUUUCAUUAGCAGCUAACCAAUUGGCAGUAAAACUGCCAUGGACUGCCAAGUCGAAUCACUGGAUGAGAAAUAUGAAAAUCCAUGAGACAUGAAAGAGAGAAAAACUCGAGCAUAUGGAUGAGGUUCGGUUCUACUGAAAGAGCAAUCAAGCAGAGGAGUAUCAUUGGUAUGUAUGGUUUAAUUGUAAUGUUUGGUAUUGUAUUAUAUGUACUUACAUAAUAGGGGCUCAGAAGAGUUAAUGACUAGUUGCAUUGAAGAAGCAACAAAUGGCAUUGUGUUUGUAAUAUCUUGCGGGUCUAAAUUCGAACAAUUUUUAAGUUUUUAUGAAAAUUGGUAGUUCAACAUGA